AUGCCUGUAUUCACAGCGCAAAUAGCCCUGGAAUAUUUCCGUCGUGCCAUCUCCGCCACUCGUCGCGACGUGCAUCACAUGAAGAUAUGUGGCUAUGCACGCGUACGGCACGGACUAUGGACCGAGUCUAGUGUCACUGCGUCUAAUCCCCUCGUCACUUGUCUCUCUCAGGCUCAGACAGUGAUCCUCGUCGCGCCGUCUGUGCACGUCUCAGCUCCUAUUCGCGAUCCUCAAACCACAUCGGGCGCAUCCAGAAGGUUCUCUCCAACGUCGACUCUCGUGACAAGAUCUCCUUGUGUUGAGAUGUUAUCUAGACCAGGCGAUUGCGAUCGAUCGUCUGCUAAAGACGUCGGGAUCCCGAUCUCGAGCCCGGCUCACUCAAGCGCUCCGUCUGCUCUCGUCGCGUUCGACUCUCAAAGCGCAUUUCCUCGACCGAGGUCCUUGCCCAUCGAGCUGUAUCGAAACAUUCUGUGCUUCAUGGAUGACUUGGCAGAUGUACCCACUUGGGAUCCAGGCCUUGAUCUGCAUCGCAUGCUGUUCGUGUCCCGUCGCUGGAGGGAACAGGCCGAGAAGUACAUCUACACUUACGUGAGGGUUCCCAUGGGACGCAUAUUGCAUUUCUUCGAGACUUUGUCGAAUCGACCGGAUCUCGCGUAUCAGGUUCGGGAGCUCUACUUCUACGGGGUCGGUUUGAGGCCUCCUGUUGACGGUGACAUUGAGUGCAUCACUCAAGGGCUCAGGUCACUCGUGAGGCUGAGAGAUCUGACGAUAUGGUCGCAUUACAUCGACUUCAUGAGGGAAGAGUUAUACACGCUUUACGAACCAAAAGACACCCAUAUCUUGCGCGGUCCCUUCCCAUUCAAGUUGUAUCGCUUUGCCACGGACAUUCUUUGGUCGGAGGAUGAGCGUGACUUCAUACAAGCCCAGGAGGAACUACGGAUUCUGAGAUUAUCUGGUCCUCGGAAGUAUGAUGGCGACUCUUGGACAAUGCCUGCUUCGGCUUUGCCUCGAUUGCGAUGCCUGUAUGCUCUUCCCGGAGUGCUAAAGGACUUCGAAUGCAAGCCGCACCUGACGCACAUGCAUCUAGCCUUUUGGGGUCACCCGGCCCAAGAGGAGGCGUAUGGUGCGGAUGAAGUGUGCAAGGCCGCACAAGAUACAUUGCAGCUUCUCACUGUCUCUCGCAAUGGGUGCGCUCCCGACAUACCCUGCCUCUCGCCGGGCUCUAUGCUCCAGAGGCUGAUACCUUGUAACUCCCUGAGGUACUUGGGCUUCUACGACGAGUGGAACUACUGGACUCCUCGCGACCGCGCUAAUAUCCUGCGUGUCGUAACAGAGAACUUUCCUGUUCUCAGUAUAUUCGCCAUCUCAUCUUAUCAUAGCCUACCAGAGCUGAGAGCCGGAUGGGAUAGUUCCGAUUGGGGCGAUUAUCUCACUGAUUCGGAUUUCGAUGAAAAAGGUGUGGAUCGCAUGCGGGACUAUGCCACAGACCUCUUAUGGGCGCAUGAAUCUCUGCGUGUAUUCAUAGUGGCGGGCGUAAACCGCAGCUUACCUGUGAUGGCAUUCGUGAAGUUGCCAGACACGGACGAAGCGCUUCUCGUCGAGCUGCCUGAGCCGCAGAGGUGUGCCGCGGAUUGCCACGAAUUCAUAGACCCGCUAUCUCCCUUCUGGUUUGUUGACCAUGACGGCGCUCUCCCAAAUCGAUUCAGGAACUUCGAGGGAGAUGCGACGGACUGGAUACCCGGAGACUACGACCACUUCCUACGUCAUAGAAGUGCCUUCGGCGCGGAGACUGUUCCUCAUGCCGGUGAAGAGGAAAUACGAGAGUGGCGAGCCGUCCAAACCGCAACUUUCAACGAGGACGAUACGCCUAGUUGA